AUGAAGGCCCUGGUGACAAACAGGACUAUCGCAACCCGCGUUUUCAACCUCAGCACCGGAAAGUCUGUUUUCAAGGGCGCCCAUGUCACGGAAACGUCGAAGCCCACCAUCAAUGAUCACGAGAUAUUGGUUAAGGUGCAUACUGUGGCUCUCAACCCUAGCGAUUUCAAGCAUAUUGAUGUCAUCUCCCCAAAAGGGUGCAUAGUCGGGUGUGACUAUGCCGGAGAGGUCGUCGAGGUUGGCCGUUCCGCUGCCGGAACCUGGAGGAUAGGUGAUCGCGUCGCCGGUGUUGUUCACGGCGGACUACACCGAGACCGGGGUUCCUUUGCAGAAUAUCUCAAGACGGAUAGCGAUCUAGCUUGGAAGAUCCCGCAGAGUAUCAGCAACGAAGAGGCAGCUACGUACGGCGUCUCGGCUGUGACUGCUGUCCUGGCGGUCAACGUUCACUUGGGUCUUCCGUGGCCAGGUGAGCCGGGGACAGGUCCGCAGUCAUUGGCGUCCACGUCAACGAACAAAAUUGUUUUCAUCUACGCAGGCUCAACGAGCGUCGGUCUUUUCGCCAUCCAGCUUUCGAAGCUUGCAGGGUGCACCGUUGUUACGACAGCGUCGCCUCACUCCUAUGAGCUCGUCAAGCGCUACGGAGCGGACCAUGUAUUCAAUUACAGGUCUGAUACCUGGAUUCAAGAAGUUACCACUGGAUUUCCAGAUAUUUCCCUGGCUUUUGAUUGCUUCUCUGAAGGGGGAUCCGGACCAGCCAUCGCCAACGUCAUCAAAUCUCAGGGCGGAAAGAUUGUCACGUUGCUUGAUCAAGCCGAAUCCAAGGUCCCCGGAGUUAAAUACGAUAUGAUCAUGCUUUAUACCGUGUUUGGUCGCGAGUUCGCCUGGCUGCCACCGAUUGGUCCCAAGUUUCCUGUCGACAUGGAGCAUCGCCAGGCUUUGGCCCGGUUCUAUGCGAUCUUGCCUCAGAUUCAAAGUUCACUCAAGCCGCCCCCCAUCAAAGUGGUUGAUGGCGGGAUUGAGGUUUUGCUUGAGUCGCUGGAUUUGCUGCGUCAAGGCAAGGUGUCAGGGAGCAAGCUGGUUGUGAAGUUCUGA